AAAAUUACGUUGAAAAAAAAAACUUCUUUGAUCGAUUGCAAGAGGUUGCUUCGUAAAAGAGAGAGAGAGAGAGAGAGAGAGAGAGAGAGAGAGAGAGAGAGAGAGAGAGAGAGAGAGAGAGAGAGAGAGAGAGAGAGAGAGAGAGAGAGAGAGUAAAAAGUGGUGCAUGGCACAUCUGACUUUGG